AUGCACGGCUGUUCUUCUAACGAUAUUUCUUUGCCAUUAGUAAGAUUGAUUGCACCUGAACUCGUUGCAUCAAAUGGAGAUAGAACUUUUGAUAAGCAACACUAUCCUGGCAAUCGUAUGAUUGCCAAUUGGAGAAAUCGAUUUCUAGGUAAACGCGAAGCUUUAGAAGGAAACGAAUGGCGUGUAGCAGAAGCCGCUUUGAAAGGCAUCAUGGAAGUCGGAAAAGAAGAACGCUGCGAUCAGAAAGUUUAUUGUGUCCGUCUCUAUACGCGCAGUGUUUUUGUUAAUCGGGUGACAAAUCAAGCGCUUCGUAACAAUGAUGAAAGUAAAGCGGAAGCAUUGGUACCCUUUUGUUACUUACUGAGACAACAUAUUUACUCACCUUCGUUACCUGUGUACCGCGGAACAAUGUUUCGAGGUUGUCAAUUAGAGACAUCUAUGAUUGAUCAGUAUCGAGAAAUGGUUGGGAGAGAAACUGUAAGUUGGCUCGGUUUUACUUCGACGAGCAAAUCUCUGAAAAUCGCAAAAGCAUUCGGCUGUAAUACAAUUUUCGUUAUUGAUCUAAGCGAAUUUACUGAACGAUUUCGCUAUGGUCGACCGGUGGAUAUAUCAAGUAUGAGUAUGUUUCCGGAUGAAGAUGAAGUUCUUCUCCCUGCUGGGUUUGGAUUCACAGUGAAGAAAGUUGAACAGAAUCUGAAUGAUAAUCUCACUUACAUUGACAUUUGUGGUAUAGCAUGUUGA